GAAAGACUGCAGAUAGAUGAAUAGAAUAGAAAAUCCCUUUAUUGUUCCUCAGUGGGGAAAGCUAGACGUCACAGCAGCGAUGACACGUAUUACAGGAGAAAAAGGAGAAUAAAAAAUAAGAAAAAUGAAUAAACAAGAAAACAUAAAUCCUGAAUAGAUUUUAAAAAUGCUGAUUAUACCACAAGUAAUGAAUACCACUGAUGCCUUUUAUUUAAAACUGACUUGCUCGUGUGUAAUUUGGUUAUUCCACAUUCAGUGUUAAUGCAGAAAUAAGUUUGUUUCCAAAUUUAAAGGUUCAAAAUUGCAUAUAUGUUGAUAAAGAAAAUGUGCAAAUUUGCCGUCACUUUUUCAAAAAUAUUAAGUUUGGCCCUCGACUCCGUCCCAGAGUUUCAUUUCGGCCCCUUGUGAGUUUGAGUUUGACACCCCUGGCAUACAUCAAGAAGUACGGGUUGGUAAAUUCCACCUGCGCAGCUGAGGGGGCGGGACUUAAAGAUAAGUUUGAUUCAGAUCCAGAGCGUGAUCAGCUCUACUGACGACAGGACCCAGCUGAAGCGGACGGGCAUCUUAAAAAUGGCUUUAUCUGGUUCAGAAACGAUGGACCAUGACGGGCGUGAGGAGGAAGCUUUCCUAUUCCGAGCAGUCAGGAUAGCUGCUGUAGUUGCACUUUACUGGUUCAUCUCAAUAACAAUGGUGUUCCUCAAUAACUACCUGCUGGACAACCAGGACUUGGACGCGCCUUUGUUUGUGACUUUCUACCAGUGUGUGGUGACCGUGGGGCUGUGCUGGCUCAUGCGGCUGGUGUCCAGUAUGUGUCCGGGAACCGUCAACUUCCCAUCCGUCAAGUUCGAUAUGAAAACGUCCCGGGAGGUCCUGCCGCUGUCCAUUGUCUUCAUCGGCAUGAUCACCUUCAACAACCUGUGUCUAAAGUAUGUCGGCGUGGCUUUCUACACGGUCGGUCGUUCCCUCAGCACUGUGUUCAAUGUGCUGCUGUCCUACGUCAUCCUGAAGCAGACUACAUCUCUGCAAGCUCUGACCUGCUGUGGGAUCAUACUGGGUGGGUUCUGGCUCGGUGUAGAUCAGGAAGGUUUGGCUGGGUCCCUCUCCUGGACGGGCGUAUUUUUCGGGGUGCUGGCGAGUGCCUGUGUCUCUCUCAAUGCCAUCUACACUAAGAAGGUGAUGCCUGCUGUGGAUGGAAGCAUCUGGAAGCUGUCCUACUACAACAACAUCAAUGCGUGCAUCCUCUUCCUUCCUCUUAUUUUCAUGUUCGGGGAAGCGGGCAAAAUUGCCAACUUCACUCACCUGACUGACCUCGGAUUUUGGGGGGUGAUGACACUAGGAGGAGUGUUUGGUUUCGCUAUCGGCUACGUCACAGGCCUCCAGAUUAAAUUCACCAGCCCGCUCACUCACAACGUCUCUGGAACGGCGAAGGCCUGCGCACAGACAGUCAUUGCAGUGGUGUACAACUCUUCCAGUAAAAGCCUGCUAUGGUGGACCAGUAACAUGAUGGUUCUUGGUGGCUCUUCAGCCUACACAUGGGUCAAAAGUCGAGAAAUGAAAAAGACUGUCUCUAAAGUCCCACAGGACUCGGCGAAUGAAAAACUGCUACCAAAGGAGAAGGAAAACCCGGGAGUGUAAACACAUUUGAUUUGGUUAAAAUUUUCUUUGAGGCUCAAUAAUCUUUCCUUUAGAGUGAUUAUGCUUUAAGCAAUGCUUGAGUUUGAUUUAAUGACUCUAGUCUUUUCAGGGGGGUUUACACCUAUUGUAUAAUGAAACUAGAGUUUUGUGUCUUAUAUGGUUAUUGGCAAGUGAAGAAAAAUGUAAACUUGCUGUAUAAAGUGAAAGUACUUUACUGAGGACAGAAACUUAUUCAGACAUUAUUUCUUAUCACGCAUUUUUUAAAGGGGAUUUCAUUUACUGAAGCUGCUGUGUUUUCUUUCGUUUGAGUUUUCUCAUCACUGUCUCAAAAUUAGCUUUACGUUUGCAGGAAGCCACAGGGAAUCUGUCAGACACACACGAAUCCUACUGUCAGAAGGUUUGGCAGAGUGUGCAUCUUGAACAGAAACACUGCCACAGCAUUCCUAAACUGUGAAACAUUUAAGUUGUUCAUCAUCCACUGAAUAUUUUAUUUUAUUAUUUUAUUUAACAUGGAUGUAAAGCAGAAGUAAAUGUGGCAUAUAUGUCAAGAAUUGAAUUGAAGAGGAAAAUAAAAAAAAUGCUUAACAGUCA